AUGAAGUCCCCUACGCGCGCGGUGCUGUCCGCGACCCUCGCCCUCAUUGCUGCCUUUUUGCUCAACACUAUCCUCGCUGACGCACGCUCCUCCUACGAGUUUAGACGAGCGGAUGCCGCCACGAAAAAGGCGUGCAACGCCUUGCGAUCUCAAUUGCCCUUUGGUAGAGUGACCAAUCAAGGCUUGGGUCCAGAUUACCUCGUCUCUGUGCAAACGUACUACUCUCAAUUGCAAGCGAAGCGCUUCCCUGCUUGCGUUGCAUACCCUCAGAAUGCCCAGGAGGUUUCGACUGUCGUCAAGGCUAUCAAGGCCAACAACCUCCAGUUUGCAGUCAAGGCUGGCGGUCACCAAUUCAACAAUUGGUCCAGCAGCGACGGUGGUGUGCUCAUCGAUCUGCAACGCUUGACAGCCAAGAGAUUCGACGAUGAGAACAAGCAAGUGGCUUACUUUGAGCCUGGCAACCGUUGGCGAGACGUCUACUCCUACUUUGUGCCCCAGGGCGUCACCCCAGUUGGUGGUCGACUUGGAGGUGUAGGCUCCGGUCUUGCACUCGGUGGAGGUCUCUCCUACUUGUCUGCUGAGCAUGGCCUAGUCUGCGACACCUUUACAGCCCUCGACGUCGUUCUUGCCGACGGUCGCAUCGUCAAGGCGACAGCGGAUAACGAGUACAAGGAUCUAUUCAAAUCCCUCAAGGGCGGUGGAAACAGAUUUGGCAUCGUCACGGGCUACCACACCAAGUUGGUUCCUGUCGAUAAGGUCUACUCUGGCAUCGUCAUUUACACUCAAGACCAGUGGGACAAAGUCAUCAAGGCCACAUCGGACUUUGUCUCUACCAACACUGACAAAAAAGCAGCUAUCAUCACCACCGUCGACUCGUUCGGAAUUCUUCCCGAUCCUACCACCAAACUCAGCUCCUUCAUCAUCCUCUUCAAUGUCUACAACGGUGCUGACCCUGGAACCACAUUUGAUGCUUUGUGAGUCACUCGCGGUCGCGACGUCAAGGAUGCUUGCUGCAACUGAAAGCUCCGUGUCUUUUCUUCAAUCGCAGCACCAAGAUUCCGCAUGUUCUAGACACGCGCAGCACGGGCGACUACAUCAAAGCAGCCGAGAUGGUUGAUAUCGGAACCAUUUCUCAAGGUGGCUUCUAUUCCAACGUCGUGCCACUGAAAGUGGGCUCGGAUCGAGAGCAGACCCUGGUCAACAACUUCAAGGUGUGGUCCAAGGAACACGUUGGUCAAUACAUCCUGGCCACCGUCGACUAUCAGCCCAUUGCAAAGAGCAUCACCGAUGCUAGCCGUGCCGCUGGCGGCAAUGCGCUUGGUGGGCCUGAAGGUCCAUACAUUUGUGAGUCAUGGAGGUGGAUUAGCCAUUCAGCUGGUAGACCCGCACUCUUACCUGCGCCGCACUCGCUAUCUUUCAGUCGUCAACAUGCUGCUCGCUUUCGAUCCCAAUCUUGCAGCCGACAAGCAAGAAGCUCUUCGAGCGAGCUGGGACAAGCUCACCAACAGCAUCCCUCACGACGAGGACAUUCCCAAAUUCCUAAACGAUGCCGGUUUCCGUCAAAACAUCUUGCAAUCCUACGAGCAAUAUCCCUUGAUGCAGGCCACUAGCAGAAAGUACGAUCCCACUGGGUAAGUCUGAGCUCGAGAGGCUGAGAAUGUGGGCUCUUCAUAUGCUCAUUGCGCGGCACGUUGACUGAUGAUCUGCCCUCCGCUGCGCUCCACCACAUCAGUCUUUUCGUGAAGAACCAGCCUGGACCCAACUUCUCCACGUAG